GUGGGUAUCCUCUACAGAAAACUAAUGCACAGAUUGGGCCAUAAGAAAUAUUACAUCGCCAGUAACGACAUGGGCAUGUUUAUUGCCAAUUUUAUUGUUACUGCUUUUCCUGAGGAUGUCCUCGGCUAUUUCACUCAACUGCUCAUUCUUCAAAAUUCACUAUUAUCAUCUGUAACUGACUCUGCUUACACCGACUCUGUCUACACCGCCAACUACACUGGGAGGAGAACUCGGGACGAUGACAACCGCCAGUCUCCGUAUCUCUUCCAUCAGGCUUCCAGCCCUGAUACCCUCGGAAUUGGCUUAAAUGACUCACCAUCAGGCCUCCUUGGCUAUAUUCUGGAGAAAUUUCACUUUGCGAGGGUCCUGGACAGGAAGGAGAACGCCGGUGUCAAGAUCCAAGACCAUAUCCCGAGGGAUGUCUUACUGGAUAACAUUAUGCUGUAUUGGAUGACUGGGAGUAUAACUACCAGUAUGAGGUUCUACGCGGAAACGUUUAAUGAUAGAGUAAUAGCUAUGAAUGUUGAUGAAACUCCUUCACCAGUACUAACAUGGAUAACGGAACCCAGAUACGAGAUAUCUCCGCACCCUCACUGGGUCAAGAAGACCAAAUUCCCGAAUCUCGUCAGCCACAAAAUCCUGAACUUUGGCGGACAUUUCCUGUAUUACGAAUUCCCUGAUGUCUACGCGAACGAAGUGAUAUCCGCUGUAGCUGCUUUCAGGAAGAUUCACAUCAGCAAAAAUGGAUUGUAAUUUCUAUAACAUACUUAAUAAUU